AUGCUGUUUUCUCAGCCGAUGUCCAUUAACUCCAGCGCCUUUAUAGGCCGGAUCCCGCCAUUUACCCUGCUCUCGCUCCUGCCACAGAAGCCCACCAUUCUUUCAGCCAAUGAGACCGACGCUUUGCACCACAUGGCUGUCAUGGAGCUUGACUUGACGGCCUGCCACCCAAGCUCGCUGGUCGACAGACUCAACGCUAUGCCAGCGCUCAAGACCAGUGCUGCUUUUUUCACGUUCCUACGAGCGAAUCUUGCCAUACCACCUACCGAAAUGGCUUCCGCCUUCAGCACCCCACUCAUGGAGCCGACAAAACACAUCUCAUUGCCAGCCGUUGUGGGGAAGGAUGUCAGAAGCAAGAAUGACAUCUCUGGCAGCGCCGGAGCCGCCAAGUCCUCUCGGGGGUUCACCACUGCCGCCGCCACGAGCCUGGAUGACAUUCCACCGUUGUCGCUCGGCAUCCUGACCACGCGCGCCGACAAGGUCGACGCCCUGAAGCUCGUCACCGACAGCAUCGCUCAGCAGCGCCAGGUAGCGUCCCGCAGCCUUGUCUUUCACCCACUGAACUUGACCGGCUUCGCAGUGGCGCUGGGUAUCGCAUACCAGCUGACCGCACACCGCGACCUCGGCACGCAGAUGACCCUUCUCUCGGGCAUCACCAUGACCUAUCUGCUGGGCAUCCGCUUCUGGAGCUCAAAAUACAUAUAUAUUGCCGAGGCUCUCGGCUGGGACUGGCUGCAAGGCAACACUGGUGGCAGCCAGGUCGCCGCCGAAGACACCGUCAUUGGUGCACGCUACGGCGAGGAGAUGAUCGGCGCACUCGUCCUACACAUGGAACCGUCCGCGCCCAGCCAGGCCGUUUCAUCGAUGGCGGCGGCUUCGACGGACCCUGUCCCCGCCUCGCGGAAGAAGACGCGCAGCAGCAACAACAGCAGCAGCGGCAAUGCUCACCAUUUGAAGGGUGGCCACGGCGUCAUCCGAGCCUGGACCACGAAGCUGCGCUACCGUCGGCGGGGCAUCGGUGGUGACCUGCUGGCAGAGGCCGUGCGGGUGACAUGGGAGCGCUGCGGUAAGGAUGCCGUCGUGGGCUUUGCCAAGGAGCAUGCCAACAGCAGCCUGGUGCUGCCUGGGCUUUACAACGGUCCGUUCCGGGCCAAUGGGCGGUUGGCCAUACAGACGCUGGAGAAGGUACAGGCCGAUAUGGACGGCAGCAAGCGGAAGCGGUAA